AGUCGGGGCGGUCGCUUGGAAGUGAGGAUUGUUUUAAACGUAUGUUAGAAAUAUGGCUGUGUCUCUCAUUAUAAAAUGGGGUGGGCAAGAAUUUUUAAUAACCACCUUGUCAGAAGAGGACACAGUGUUGGAUCUCAAGCAAUCACUCAAAGGACUUACAGGAGUGCUACCAGAACGCCAAAAACUUCUGGGACUUAAAGUAAAAGGCAAGCCAGCAGAAAAUGAUGUGAAGCUUGGAUCAUUGAAAUUGAAACCAAAUACGAAAAUCAUGAUGAUGGGGACUCGUGAGGAAAGUUUGGAAGAUGUCCUUGGGCCACCUCCUGAUAAUGAAGAUGUAGUGAAUGAUUUUGAUAUUGAAGAGGAGGUUGUUGAAGUAGAAAAUCGGGAGGAGAAUCUGCUGAAAAUCUCCCGCAGAGUUAAAGACUACAAAAUAGAAAUACUGAAUCCUCCAAGAGAAGGGAAGAAAUUGUUGGUUCUCGAUGUUGAUUACACAUUGUUUGAUCACAGGUCAUGUGCAGAAACGGGAAUUGAGCUGAUGAGGCCCUACCUUCAUGAGUUUCUGACAUCUGCUUAUGAAGAUUAUGAUAUUGUAAUUUGGUCUGCAACUAAUAUGAAAUGGAUUGAAGCUAAAAUGAAA